GGCGGGAAGCGCUGGCGGGGAACGGCUGCUGCCAUCUCAGACCCGCCCGACUUGGCCCGUCCCGGCCCGGCCCCAGCACAGCCCGCGAGCUCGGGAGCUGCUGCCACUGAGCUUCGGGGGCGGGAGGCAGGUACUGUUCUUCGCGGCGCGGACCCUCUAUCCGGCGUCGGUGCGGCAGUGGGUGAGUGCUGUGAAUCCCCUAUCCGGCCGCCAGGGAGCUCUUGUUCGGAGCUGGAAAGUUGCAGAAGGCGGCGAGCCCAGGAUGCGGCGCGGAGCGGCGGAGCGAAUCUGGUUUCUUAGCUGCUUUCCCAAAUUAACAUGAGAGACUCGCUGGAUCUGGGAAUAUCCACUGCCUACCCAGAGGAGCACUUGGAGGAUUGUGGCUUGAUCUCCCUCUUGUGGAACAUUACUGGAACUAAAUUCUCGUGACAUUAAAGAAGAAACAUCCAACAGCAGCUAAUAAACUAUGUCAGCAGUUACUGUGAUACCUGCUGCUGUUGUUGGUAUUGAAGGAAAUGAGGAGAUGGACUCUCUGAUUGUACUGCAUUAUAAUUACACAGGAAAGCUUAUUCUGAGGGAAAAGGCAACUGAUAACAUAGACCUUACCACUGUUGCAUUUCUGAUCCUAUGUAGUUUCAUAGUCCUGGAAAAUCUGAUGGUGUUGAUUGCCAUUUGGAAAAACAAUAAAUUUCACAACCGCAUGUACUUUUUCAUUGGCAAUCUAGCUCUCUGUGAUCUUUUAGCUGGAAUUGUUUACAAAGUAAACAUUCUUAUGUCUGGGAAGAAAACUCUGAGCUUGUCCUCCACAAUUUGGUUUAUUAGGGAAGGCAGUAUGUUUGUUGCGUUAGGAGCCUCCACCUUCAGCUUAUUAGCAAUAGCUAUUGAACGACACUUGACAAUGAUUAAGAUGAGGCCUUAUGAUGCAAAUAAAAAAUACAGAGUGUUCCUUCUCAUUGGAACCUGCUGGCUUAUUUCAAUCUCCUUGGGUGCCUUGCCCAUCCUUGGCUGGAACUGUAUAAACAACUUGCCAGAUUGCUCAACAAUUUUGCCUCUUUACUCCAAGAAGUAUGUUGUAUUCUGCAUUAGUAUCUUCAUAGCCAUUCUGGUAGCCAUUGUUAUCCUUUAUGCACGCAUCUACAUCCUGGUAAAGUCCAGCAGCCGUAAUGUCACUAACCAUAAUAACUCAGAGCGGUCCAUGGCACUCCUCAGGACUGUUGUGAUUGUUGUUAGUGUCUUCAUUGCCUGUUGGUCACCUCUGUUCAUUCUGUUCCUUAUUGAUGUGGCCUGCCAAGUCAGGGAAUGCUCUGUCCUAUUCAAAGCCAACUGGUUUAUAGCUUUGGCUGUCAUCAAUUCUGCAAUGAAUCCUAUCAUCUAUACUUUGGCUAGUAAGGAAAUGCGUCGAGCUUUCUUUCGCCUUGUUUGUGGCUGCCUGGUGAGAUCCAGGGCAGCCAGAUCUUUGCCUAUCCAGCCCACACCAGAUCACAGCCGAAGUAAGUCCAGCAGCAGCAACACCCAGAAGCCAAAGGAUGAUUUCCCACAGAUUAGCAUUCCGUCACGUGUCAUUGGGAAACAUGAAUCUUCAUUUUACAAUGGAAGCUUCUGUAAGUAAAAUAUUCCUCAAGACAAGGGCCUUUCUAAACUACAAGUGUAGUUUAACUAUUCGUGCACUUAAAUUUUAGGGGGAAACACUAAACAAUUAUUUAACUUUAAGGACUUCACCAUCAACAGUCAUUUGCUUUGCGUAUCUUUCAGUAAGGCAUCCAGAAAAAACUUUUCAUGCUACUCAACAGCCAGUUCAGAGACCAUGCACAUCUAUUGACAUUGUGACCGUGAUGGAAUUACGUUGUGAAGCUGUACUGGACACCACUUGAUCCUUCAGGACAUCAGUAAAAUCUGUUACAUUCACUGAAUGUUCACAAAAUCAGUAAAACUUCAGCAUUCACUAAACGCUGCUGAUAAUUAAAAAAUGAGCCUGAUUUUGUCUGACUCAGAGAAAAGCUCAUUCCAUGUAUUGGGGAUUAUAAUUUUAUGUAUCUUGCUGUUAUGUUAAUGGCUUUAUUAUAUCUGUUAUAAAUAGCUGUAUAUUUGUACAAUACCUUAUUAAAAAAUCAUUGACGGGUUAGAGUUAACUGUAUUUUAAACAUUAUAUUGUAGUAUAGAGUAUAAGGUGAUGAAUUAUAGUAAUAGGCAGAUGUGUUCUGAGGGGGAUUUUUAAAAUACAUGAAGUAGUAGCUUUAAACUGACAAACUUUGAUGCCAUAUCAAUGCAGUAUUUUUGUUUUUACUGCUGCUCAAACUUUUCAUGUUUAGUGAAGGACAACAUGACAGUUGUCACCGACAUUUCACGAUUUAUUUUAAGCAUGCAGUAGUAAAUAACUAGUGUGAGAGGUUAGGUAUGUUUGCUAUUUAAAGCAGUUAAAAUGUGACCCAACCGUACAUAAAUCAAGGGUGUGUAUUAUUUCAAUGCAUAUAUUUUUACUUACUAUUUUUAGUGUAUUUAAACAUGCAUGUAAAACCCAUGUAAACCUGUGUACCUUGUGAAUGCACUACCUAAAUUGAGAUUCUUAAGUUUUUGAAGCAGAGAUGUAUAAUUUCAGAGAGCAGUGAACCACAACCUGGUUCUUGUGGAGUUCCUCGUUCUCCCUCUGGGCAAGACCAUAACAUGGGAUUGUGAAAUAAAUUGUCCUUGGGAAGAGGCCCCACCAGUAGGAUGAGAUCCCAUUUUUUGGCAGGGGGACAUUAUGCUUCUAUCAUCUCUGAGCACUUUUGUAGAUACAGGAGGGAAGAUGUGGUACAACAGAAUCAUGCUGAACAGCAUCUCUCAGUUUAUACCAGGCCCUGCCUUGGAUCUGGAAUGAGAGCCCAUUCAGUUUGAAAGAUCUUCCAACUUUUCAGGAGCCUCAGAAUCAUCCUUUUGAGGGGCAGGUCCAGAAAACCUCUAUGAAAACAGCUUUGUAAUUUAUCACUGCCUUACCAGCCUCAGUAUAGGAUGCUGUUUGGCAUCACUAAAACCUAAGACCUAGAGUAGAUAGGACUUCAGAAGCAUCUGAGUUUAUAUUCCCAUGGAAGUGGCCUGUGGUACUUCCAUCCAGUUACUUUACAGCUAGAGGCUUUGGUGUAGGUUUUCCCUUCAGUGGAAGGGAAAUACUCAGAUACUUCUCAAUGAAAACAUCUAACUUUCUUGGGACUCUUUUGAAGAUUCCUGUUUAAUGCCUCAAACCACACUUCACCUUAAGCACUAUCAGAAGAGGUUGAAGCUUUUUUAAUUAAUAACUUGUAGCAGCUCAUCCUUAGCUUGAGUCUGAUCUUAAUCAUUAUCAACAGCAUUAAGACAAGCAUGUACAAUGCAGAAGUGAUGUAAUGCCUUUAAAAUGUAGAGGUUUACAUUGUGAUUAUCUUUACAAGUUAGAAGGGUACUUGUAAAUGUUUUCUUCCUUUUAAUGAAGUGUACGAACAAAGAACAUAGACUGCAUUUGAACGAACUGUGAAAGAGAGUAGUAAGUAUGAAUAACUUCUACCAAAAAUGGUAUAACACAGGGCAUAUAGAGAGAAAGAACCAGAUAAACAAAGCUUAGCAUGAACAGGAGCAUACAGUGCAGAUAAGGACAAGGUCAGCAACUCUGUAGGUUUUUUUACAAAUAAAACUGACAACAUUGUAUUGUUGUGGCUUGAGUUCUUAGAUGCUACAGUGCUAUUUGUGUGUAUUUUCGGUCUUGAAGAUCUGCCUUGAAGUUGCCUGUUUGGAAACUGCCUGCUAAAAUGCUAAUGUGCUCUUAAGUGCUAGCUUAUGAAGUGGUGGCAUGUGGCAGCAUUUCUUGCUUUUUGUAAAUGAGAAAGGCUGAGAAGACAGGACAGCUGGUGAAAAAAUCAUGGUGGCUGUUCCGCAUCAACCCUCACACUGUGUUAUGAUGUUACGUGAUAUUCCAUAUUUAAGUGAAAAAUAAAAAUUUCAGUAGCCAAAAUCUAGAAACAUGCCUGUAAGUACGAGUUGUGACAUCUGGGUGCUAGCCUUAGCUGCUGUUAGUUGAUGCAUGGUACAAGCAAUACAAGCAACCGAUGGAAGACAUGAUUACGUGUCAAUAAUAAUUUAAAAAAAAAAAAAAAAAACCACAAAAAAAAACUCUCACUCUACUUUCUUAUUUGGGGAGGUUUUUGUUUUUGUUUUUUAAGUUUUGCAUUUUUUUAGGGUAGGAAAUUGGAAAGUGAGGAGUAUUUCAUUGCCCAGCAUACUUGAAGCAGGUUCUUAGUACUCAUGCUUUUUCAUGGAACACUGAUAAUAAA